GAGACUCAGAUGUAGUUUUUUUUUCUCUAUUUAUUCCAUUCUUUCCAUAUGUCUUUAUUUGUAGAUGCUAUGUGUUAACAUGAUCUAGCCUAGAUUAACAAAUUCCAAUACUCAUUGUAUUCCUCUAAAUCUCUGUUUAAAUUGUCUCAUUUUUUGAUUUGCAUAGUGUUGUUUGUAGUGCAAUGAUCCUCUUCCAAAAUUUCUGAAAAUGUCAAUUUCUCAAAAUUUGCAGCUCCCCAAACUCCAUACUCCAUAGUGGUGGUAAAGAAUUGACCAGGAAAAAUAAAGAAAUCUGUUAACAGGCCAUGUAUGCCUUUUAAUUCCUUUUUUCUCUUUUGAUAUUUUCUAUAUAUUUCUAUUUGUAGGAAGAGCACCAACAGCAGAUUUUAAGAAUGCAUGGGAUGCCCGUGUUGUGAAGGACAUGACGACAGGCAAAUCAAAGGGGUAUGGAUUUGUGUCCUUCUACAACAAACUGGAUGCAGAGAAUGCCAUCUUUAACAUGGGGGGACAGUGGCUUGGAGGACGUCAAAUCAGAACCAACUGGGCAACGCGUAAACCACCAGCUCCAAAGAAUGCCCAGGACAAUGGCUCAAAGCAUCUGAGGUUCGAUGAUGUAGUGACUCAGUCCAGUCCGCAGAACUGUACCGUGUACUGUGGAGGAAUCCAGUCAGGACUAUCAGAACACCUAAUGCGACAGACCUUCUCACCGUUUGGUCAAAUAAUGGAAAUCCGUGUUUUCCCAGAGAAGGGAUACUCCUUCAUCAGGUUUUCUUCCCACGACAGUGCUGCCCAUGCCAUCGUUUCAGUGAACGGCACAGCCAUUGAGGGACACAUAGUGAAGUGCUUCUGGGGCAAAGAAUCUCCUGACAUGGCAAAAAAUCCACAGCAGGUUGAGUACAGUCAGUGGGGGCAGUGGAACCAACUCUACGGGAAUCCACAGCAGCAGUAUGGGCAGUAUGUGACCAACGGGUGGCAAGUGCCCUCCUACAACAUGUAUGGUCAGACGUGGAACCAGCAAGGAUUUGGAGUAGAGCAGUCCCAGUCACCGGCCUGGAUGGGAGGCUUUGGAUCUCCGUCUGCUCAGGCUGCAGCCCCGCCUGGUCCAGUCAUGUCCAAUCUGACCAACUUCAGCAUGGCUGGCUACCAAACGCAGUGAGCUGGCGCUUAACUAAGUGUAAUAUUAAGGGGAUUCUGUCAACCCUUUUUGACUACAUAGCACUCUUUCACCUGGACAGCUGCUGUGGUAGAAGGGCAGGGGCCAUAUUCACAAAGCCUUUGUAGCUAAUAGUUGCUCCUAAACAACAAAUUAUGUUUUAAACAACAGUGUACAUUUCACUCGGAAACUUUAAAAAAAGUUUAUUUGAUGAUAAUUCAUAGUUUUGUUAUGGAAAUGUGCUCUUGGGCUUCUGAAGUAAAGCCAAACCAACUGUCUAAGUGGAUAUUAAAGGACGUACCAACCCUUAAAUUGUCUGGCCUUGUGAAAAUGUUACCCAGUGUGACAAAGAGGAUACAGCUGUUCUAACACAGACCGAUAACACAGACGAUCAUGCAUUUUCUUUCUCUCACACGCAAGUCAAUCAAUAGGCCAAACCAUAAAAAAAUCUGAGCAUAUUUUUGUAUGCAUCUGAAUACCCUGAAAGUUACUUCAGUGGAGUUAAAGCAGACUGCUUAAAAAUCAGUUUAUAUUAUAACAUUAAUAUUAAAGUACUAAAUUAUAGCAGUAUCUGCUCUCAGUUUUCCAAUGUGUUUUUUAAUAUUUCAGGGAAAAAUUGAUUGUUAGAGGCUCGUCAAAAUGUUUAUUUGGGCAUUUUUUUGACAGAAGACAAAACUGCACUCAAGACUAUAUGCAUCGAUUAAAUCCACUUUUGUCAUAUAGGUCAGUUUUUAAAAAUGAAUAUAGUGAUGACAGCGUCAUACAGAUCCAGUGGGAACGUUCAGGCAUCAUGAGUUUGUGCUACGAAAUGCACUGAGCCACAAGAAUGAACCGACCUGCUGAAAGUUGGUUUGUGCUUAGCUUCAGCUCAUAGCUAGAUAUUCAGUCCUUUUGUGAUAUAUUAAUGGAAAAUGCUUUGUGAAUAGAGGCCCCGGAACGGUAGUUUACCUUUUCAGUAUAUGUGAAACAACUAUUUGUAUAAACAACUGUGGCUUUAAAUGAGAUUAAAAUGGGACGUGGUAUCUCUUGGGUAAAUUUUUGUGUACGAACAAAAUUUCACCUACACGGCUCUGAAAGCAAAAAUAUAUUAGGUUUUUCAUAUUUUGUAUCAGAGUGAUCAGCAUGUUCUUUUGCAGACUUUUGAUGGACUUUAGUUGAAACCUUAAUGUAGCCUAGAGUGGACUGAUUUAUAAUCCUGUGUCUCAACGGACAGGCUAUAGCACAUGCUUACUAUAUAAAGGAAAUAAUGUAAAAACAGCAUAACCCCCCAAACUUUGUAAAGGUAACUGACUCUGUGUGUGCUGAUUCUGGGGCUGGUUUCCUAGAAAACUGUUGAAUCUUUAGUAUUUUCUUCCCUUUUCCUUCCUCUUGAUAACCUUAGUUAAUUUGUAGUCAUUAAAAUUCUGAAGUAAAAUUGUAGUCAUGUAGUCAGUAGACUGAAUUUAGCACCAAAACCAGCCCCUAAUCAUAUUGCAUCAUGUUUUAUUGUCAUUCAGAAAUGCUGUACUUAAAUCACUCACUUGUGUAAACUCAAAUUGUCAAAAUGUUUUUAAGCUUACUACGAAUCAGAUCUAUUUUAUUUUAUGUUAUUCCACUAAAAGUGGACAUUUCAUCAAUAUGACACCUUUUCUAUCCCUUUGUGCGUUCUGAAUUUUCUCAGUAUUUGGAUAAUAUUUAUAUAUAUUCCAGGUAAACUGAUGAAGAAGAGGAUUCCUCAAAGACGUCCUGUCAUUUGGAUUUUAUUUGCAUAUGUGCCAUUCUGUAUAGUAUGUUACACUCUUUGAAAGCUUAUUGUAAUUUUCCUGGUGUACUAGCCGACAAAUUUGAUGAAUGGAUGAAUUUGAAGUUUUUUUUAGUUUGUUUAUUUGAGCUGGGUGGUGUUCAUCAAAACAGGGUCAUGUUGGCUAAGAGUGUAAAUAUAAACAUUGAUCACAAACCAUGAAACUUAGAAAAGAAAUAAUGUACAUACUGUAGGUAGAAUGUUAUUAGAUGAAAUGCCAUCAUUAAAUUUCAGCAAUAUAAUUUAUGAAAUAAGCCUUAAUUGAUGUGUCGGUAAAUUCAAACUUUGUGUUAUUUACAGAGGCUGCAUCACAAAUCUAAAUUUAUUUCCCACUGUGGAUUUUCCCAUUUUUAAGUUUGUGUGCCAUUUUCAGGAAGUAGCAGAUGAUGUUUCAGCUUGAACUGCAAACUCAUGACAUGUAAUAUAUUUGUUGCUUAAAAUAUUGAAUGUAAUAGCAAUUUGCUUUUAUGACAAUACAUUUAAGUUGAAUAACAGAAGCGAUGUUUAAUAAUAAAGGAUGAAAUCAACAGAAAAGUCACUUUAAAUAAAGAAACAUUUGAACCUG